AUGAAGACCAAAAAGGCGAUUCGUCUACUUCUCCCUGAUCGGCCACUGUGUGCUGGAGCUAAGGAGCUUGUGGAGAUUUGUCUCAAGAUCCCGGAUGCGGUACAGAUUCUCGAAUACAAUGCGACUUUCGAGGGAAGAUGUCGCGCUUCAUUUUCCGGUCAAGACUCUCAUCACUCUCUAAUCGACGAGAAAUUGCACAUUCCAUUUUCGGCCAUCCAAUUGCCCACGUCAAAGGGAACCGAUGUCGUGCCGCAAGGCCAACACCGUUUGCCAAUUUUUCUGACGCUGCCUUCAAAUCUGCCGGGCACAUUUCGCGGCAAAUUCGGCGCCAUCGCCUAUCGAUUCAUUAUAAAGCUAAAAGUCAAACGCUUCAUAUCCGGCGAUGAAGCCACCAUCGAGUGCGAAAAGGCCGCCGACGUGCUCCCGCGAGUCUCACUGGAUCAGCAGCCAUCUUUCGCCAAUCAUGUCAUUAUUGACAGACAUGUUAAGAAAAAGACACUCUUCAUGAAUCGGUUAGACGCGAAAAUUCGAAUUGAGAUCGACAAAGCUGCUUUCAUCGUAGGCCAACAUAUACUGAUGAGCGGCGAAAUCAAGAACGAACAUGCGACGAACUCAAUUCGGCACGUCACUAUCGAAUUGCGACAACAUAUAUUGUACGCGAGCGGCGACGCGCAACGCAUCGAUCACCGAUUGAUCACCAAACUAAUUGUCGGUUCCGUUCCGCCGAAUGAGACGUUCAAUAUUCAUCAUUCGCUUAGCAUCCCGAUUGAUUGCUAUCCGACGCUGUGCUGGAAUGGAAGUCCUGUUCAGGUUGCCUAUGAGCUUCUUCUAACCAACAGCGGAAAUUUUGAGCUAGGCAUUCCGGUGUUCAUCGGAAAUUGUGGACCAUCGACGAAUAGGAGAAGUAUUAUGUACCCCGAGUCAACUUGCGAUCAGACAAGCACCUAUUACUGUGUUCCUCCGUCGGAGUUUAGUUUCGCUCCAUCUAUGCACCCGGACCCGCCACCAUAUUCGACGUAUAAGCCCGAAUCAAUUUUCAUACCAAUUCAUCUUCUCAAGACCCCAUACCGCCCAUUCGCUCCCAGCUACGGUAUGCCUGGAAUGUUCCACUCAGGACCACCCGAAUAUGAUUAUAAUUUCAAUCGGAAUUCUCCGCCGCCUCAACGAUUUCUCAAAAUCGAGGAAAUUGAGUGA